UCUGCAAUAAAAUUAAUGCUCGUAUAUUCGACAGAAUAAAAUCCCACAGAAGUAGGAAAUAAAACGUGCCCUAAACAUUACACGACGAAGGGAUCGGGCUGUAGUGUUUAAGGAGGAAGAAGACGAGGGAAGAGGUGUUUCUCCAGGCCCUUUCUCCUCUUUCAUUAUUUAUUUCCUUAUUAACUGCGAUCAAAACAUUGAUGGUCGAUCGUCCGCCGCUGAGCUCGAGACCCGCGGAAUAUCGUGCAGUCUUUCUUUCACGUCUGUGAGUGUGUGUCGCGAUGGCUCGCCCACGGCCCCGGGAAUAUAAAGCUGGAGACCUGGUUUUCGCCAAGAUGAAGGGAUACCCGCACUGGCCGGCGAGGAUCGAUGAGCUGCCGGAGGGAGCCGUGAAGCCACCAGCUAAUAAAUACCCCAUCUUCUUUUUUGGUACCCAUGAGACCGCCUUCCUGGGCCCUAAAGACCUGCUGCCCUACAAGGAAUAUAAAGACAAGUUUGGCAAGUCAAACAAGAGAAAAGGAUUUAAUGAAGGCCUGUGGGAAAUUGAAAACAACCCUGGUGUCAAAUUCACUGGUUACCAGGUCAUGCAGCAGCAGAGCUCGUCUGAGACAGAAGGGGAAGGUGGGAACGCAGCCGACGCCAGCAGCGAGGGCGAGGAAGAGGAGGGCAAGAUGAAGAGGGACAAGGUCGGAUCCAAGCGGAAAAAAAGUGCAUCCUCAAAGAUGUCUUCCAAGCUGUCCAGGAAGGGUUCAGAUGAAGAUCUGGAGAAGGAUGGGAAAGACGAGCAGAAGAGCGGAUCUGAAGCUGGUGACCAUGACAACAACAUCCAGAACUCUUCAGACAAGACGUGCAGUCAAGGGCAGAAUCUGUCGCUCCGGGAGGAUCACUAGACGAUCAUCGGACGACGGCUCGUGAUGCUGAUAUGUGAUAUUGUAAAUGCAUCUUAUUACGCUGAUCGCUUGCAAACUCCCACACAUUAUUAUCUGGUUCAGUCAAACACACACACACACACACAUACAGUAAAAACACAACGUCCAGGAGUCACACACGCGACCGUCAUUCCUCUCUGCUGUUUUGAGUUUAGAGGUGUAGCUUUAGCCUCGAACCCUGAACCGUCCCGAUCUCUGUCAUUCCUCUCGUGCCACUCAUUAACACAUGUCGUGCUAGAGAUUUCUUUCUUUUGCAA